GAGUAGGCGAAGGCACGAGCUCGCGCCGCCGCCGCCUGGAGGCGCAGCGACUCCACCGUCGCCUUGAGCCCCUCGACCUCCCGCUGCAGCUGCUUGACCUACAAUCGGGCACCCCCCUCGGCAUCCUCUCGGCUGCGCUCGAGCUGCCCCCCUCGCCCCUCCGGCUGCAGGCUGCUUCACCUCGCCGACGAGCGUGUCGCGCGUGCCAUGCAGCCGCGACGACGCCUUGUACGGCCCUCCACGCGUCGAGAUCUCCAUCGCCCGCUUGAAGAGGCCUCGCGCGACGGCGCUCUCGGCCACCACCGGCCCGCGCAGCUCGAUGGACAGCGACUGCUUCGAGGGGGUCCGCCCGCCUGUUCACAGCGAGGGGUGUGAAAGAGGCCUCGCUGCUGCAGCGACUGCUUCGCGGGGGUCGGGGUCGGGGUCGGGGUCGGGGUCGGGGUCGGGGUCGGGGUCGGCCCGCCCGCAGAGGCCACCCGCGGCUCCUUGGAGAGAGUGAGCGGCGGGAUGAGGACCCGCAUGAGCUCGUCCUCCUCCGCCGCCGGCGCCGCCCUCUCCACCUCCACCUCCGCCUCCGCCUCCGCCUCCGCCUCCGCCUCCGCCGCCUCCGCCUCCGCGUCCACUGCUCCCGCUCGCACCGCCCGCCGCGUGGGUGACUGUCCUCCCAGGAUCGGGUCGAUGGCGGACCACUUGUCGGCAGUCGAGCCCGCGCCGCCGCGCCUCGCCUCGGGCCCCUCGAGCACCUGUUAUCACUCAUCGACUACUUAAUUACUAAUUCGGCCGCGCCCCGCCUCGCCCCCCCGCUCGAGCGCCAUCUCGAUGGGCG